AUGAGUUCACCACUUCGUCCCAGCAAUUCCGCCGCCAAUCGGGGGCUAGGAAAUUUAAGUCGCCGCAAGAGAUCCAGAGAGCCCGAUGAUGAGACCUCCUCGGUUGCCCCUCCUUCGAGUCCCCCCCCUUCUUCCCCUCCUAUGCUCCCCUUUGACGAUGAGGACAACGAACGUGAUGAGGAGGCAGAGAUGCUGGGAGAUAUCGACGACAUUGAGGAAAUGGCAGAGGAUGAGGAUGGCAUCGAUCUGUUUGCAGACAACUUCGAAAGAGAUUACCGAGACGGGGAAGAUGAUCACUACCGGGGAGAGUACAUUGACGACGACGACGACCAGGAAGAAAUGGACCUUGGCGCCCGGCGUCAGCUGGAAGCGCGCAUGGGCCGGCGCGAUCGAGAACUCGACCGACGUCGUCGCAUGCCGGCGGCAUUCCUGCAAGACGACGAGGACGGAGACAUUGAUUUGACCCGCCAGCCUCGCCGGCGGCGUCAUCACUACGACGAGGAUCGGGAAGAUGUCGAGAUGGGAGACGACGGCCUGGAAGAGCUGACCCUCGAAGAGCUGUCCGAUGUCAAGGCCGCCAACAUCACCGACUGGGUCACGCAGUCGCAGGUGCUGCGCUCUAUCUAUCGCGAGUUCAAGGCGUUCUUGACCGAGUUCACGGACGAGGCCGGUAGCUCCGUCUACGGUAACAAGAUCAAGACGCUCGGUGAGGUUAACUCGGCCUCGCUGGAAGUCUCCUACGAGCAUCUGGCUAGCACCAAGGCCGCUCUGUCCUACUUCCUGGCCAACGAGCCGACUGAGAUGCUCAAGGUCUUCGACCAGGUCGCCCUGGACGUGACCCUCUUCCACUACCCGCAGUACCACGACAUCCACAACGAGAUCCACGUCCGAAUCAUCGACCUUCCCAUCUCCUACACGCUGCGCCAGCUGCGACAGUCGCACCUGAACUGCCUGAUCCGCGUGGGUGGCGUGGUCACCCGGCGUAGCGGCGUGUUCCCGCAACUCAAAUACGUGAUGUUCAUCUGCGCGAAAUGCAACAUCACGCUGGGUCCCUUCCAGCAGGAAGGUGGGCAGGAGGUCAAGAUCGCCUACUGCCAGAACUGCCAGUCCAAGGGCCCCUUCAACAUCAGCGUGGAGAAGACCGUCUACCGCAACUACCAGAAGCUCACGCUGCAGGAGUCGCCAGGAACCGUCCCCGCGGGGCGUCUCCCGCGACAGCGCGAGGUGAUCUUGCUGGCGGACCUGAUCGACUCGGCCAAGCCCGGCGACGAGAUCGAGGUGACGGGCAUUUACCGCAACAGCUACGACGCGCAGCUCAACAACAAGAACGGAUUCCCCGUGUUCGCCACCAUCAUCGAAGCGAACCACGUCGUCAAGUCGCACGACCAGCUCGCCGGGUUCCGCAUGACGGAGGAAGACGAGCGCGAGAUCCGCGCGCUGUCCCGCGACCCGGACAUCGUCGACAAGAUCGUGCGGUCCGUGGCGCCCAGCAUCUACGGACACGAGGACGUCAAAACAGCCGUCGCGCUGUCCCUCUUCGGCGGUGUCCCCAAGGAAGCCCAGGGCAAGAUGUCCAUCCGCGGCGACAUCAACGUGCUCCUCCUCGGUGACCCCGGUACCGCCAAGUCCCAGAUCCUCAAGUACGUCGAGAAGACAGCCCACCGCGCCGUCUUCGCCACAGGCCAAGGCGCCUCCGCCGUCGGUCUCACAGCCAGCGUGCGCCGCGACCCGCUCACCAGCGAGUGGACACUCGAAGGCGGCGCCCUCGUGCUCGCCGACCGCGGCACAUGCCUCAUCGACGAAUUCGACAAGAUGAACGACCAAGACCGCACCUCCAUCCACGAAGCCAUGGAACAGCAGACCAUCUCCAUCUCCAAAGCCGGCAUCGUCACCACUCUCCAAGCCCGCUGCGCCGUCGUCGCCGCCGCGAACCCCACCGGCGGGCGCUACAACAGCACCGCGCCCUUCUCCGAGAACGUGCAGCUCACCGAGCCCAUCCUCUCCCGUUUCGACAUCCUCUGCGUCGUCCGCGACAUGGUCAACCCCGACGAAGACGAGCGCCUCGCCAACUUCGUCGUCGAAUCCCACCACCGCGCGAACCCCGCCCGCCCCAUCUACGACCAGCAGGGCCACCCCAUCAACGCCGACGGCGACCGCAUCGACGACGAGGGCUACCGCGUCGACAACCACGGCGUGCGUCUCCCUCUACGCCCCGAAGAGGUCGCCCAGCGCGAGGAGUCCGCCCGCAAGCAGAACGAGGAAAAGGAGGGCGAGAUCCCUCAGGAGCUGCUGCGCAAGUAUAUCCUUUAUGCGCGCGAACGCUGCCACCCCAAGCUCUACCAGAUCGAUCAGGAUAAGGUCGCCCGCUUGUUUGCGGAUAUGCGCAGGGAGUCGUUGGCUACGGGGGCUUAUCCGAUUACUGUCCGCCACCUCGAAGCAAUCAUGCGUAUCGCCGAAUCCUUCUGCAAGAUGCGUCUAUCAGAGUACUGCUCCGCGCAGGACAUCGACCGCGCCAUCGCCGUGACAGUGGAGUCGUUCAUCGGCUCGCAGAAGGUGUCUGCGAAGAAGGCUCUCUCGAGGGCUUUUGCCAAAUACACCCUCUCCCGCCCAAAACCCCUCUCCAACCGCAGAGCAGGCGUCGCUGCUCCUGAUCCGUAUAGAUCGCGGACUCAGCUGCGCGCGUAG